AGCGAUUCCGUUCUUGGAAAAUUUCAAUUUAAAACACUGCCAAGGGACGCUAUAAAAUUUUUCAUUAUCACCUCCCGAGGAGACGUUUCCCAUUAAUUCCGGACUUAACCUGUAAUCAAAACAUAGGAUGACCAAUUUUAGUGGCAGCAUUUUGUUCGCGACCCACUUGAAAUUUGUUUGCCCUCUAGAUUCUCACGGAAACGCUUCGUAACGAGCCGGAGCGCGGCAUUGAUAUAUAAAAGGUUUAUUUCAUUUAAUAACUGUCGCAAUAAUAAACUGGAGUAAUGGGAUCGUUAGGAUUUUGGAGCAUGGUGGUGAUUCUACUUCAAAGCGUCUUAGCUGUUGUGAUUAGCUGGUUGACUCUGGACUGCAAGUUCGCGCCGCUCACCGACGAGCUGCAUGAGAUCACGUUGAUGAAGGUCCUCUACCUUUACGACCCUGAGGCUUGCGGCAGGAUCCACUUCUACAACCUCACUUCUACUGUCAGCUUUGAUAGGACUUACACCAGUGUUGUAUGGCCAGUCACAAACCUAGUUGCUUCGAGAUUCCGCACUAAGAUUCAGCUCUGGCUCGCGCUCCACCUGAUCUGGUUGCUGUUCGCUAUCGUCAACGUGACGCAGGGUCAGCGCUCCUGCAGCUUCUACGCGACGCUGCUGCCCUUCACCAUCACUGGAGUCACUCUUCUCGUCUGUGACGUCAUCUAUGCUAUUCUGUUUCUCGUUGACGCUCGAUAUACGUCUACUGAAUCAACAAUCCUCCGAUACCUGUCGGUGAAAGGACGUCUUCGUGCGAUGAACAAGCGCCCGAUCACACCAGGAGCCCAUAACAUAGAAGACACGUCCUGGAUCGCCGUGGUCCUGGCCUACAUCAGCAUGAGAGGCAUCGUGCAGUGGGUUGUCAACUUCUGGAUCGUUAAAGACAAUUAUUAUGAAGGCUUGGAGCGUUACCGUCAAAAGCUUCGGCUCAGUCGACACAAAGCCCGAGCACAGAGAAUUUCUUCAAACUCGCAGUUAUAAAAGGCAUGCAUCAAAUGUGAUGACAGCGCCUUCUUUAAAGGUUAUAGACAUAAAACGACGCGCUACAACCUCACUGUGAUAACGUUCUUAGUAUUUAUA